GCGCACCCACAAGAAGAAGCAUAUUGAGAAGUCUGAGGAGAGGGUCAAGGAGGCGAGGGAGGCGCUGAAGGAGGCGCAGCGCAUCUACGACGCAGAGCUCGCGCAGUCCAAGACCCAUCAGGACACACUCAGCCAAAUUGAAUUCUACAUCAAGGAAGCUCAGUCCAAGUCGGUUCUCCCACAGCCGCCCACGGGACCAGAAGAAGUCAAUCCAGCCCACGCGCUUGCGAUGCUCGAGGUCAUGGACAAUGCGGUGCGCAAGUGCGCAGGGCGUUUCGGGCUGGACGCAGCUGGGUUGCUCCAGGCGGCCCCCGUCAAGAAGGAGGAGCUUCAGGCGCAGCUUCCGAAGCCGCCCGCAGCCAGCGCUGCUCCCCCGUCUGCUGGUCCAGGGCCCAUGAAUUUCGACCACGAGGACAGCGAGCUCCGCGACAAGCUCAAGGCCGCAGAAGUGGCUGCAGCAGAUGACCCUGAACAGCUCAAGCGCUUCCUGGCCGACAUUGCAGCCCACGGCAAGCCGCAGAAGUUGGGGCAGCA